AUGUUUAAGAAUAACCGUGCAGCUAAUAAUGGUAUGCAGUUGGCUUAUUUUCCACCACAAAUAGUUAAUGGAGAAGCAAUGGUUCAGGUGGAAGGGAAAGAGGAGUUCAUAGCUGAAAUUCCACUAUGGGUUAAUUUUCCAAAGCUACCUCUUAAUUGUUGGGGAGUUGGAUCAUUGAGUAGAAUUGCAAGUGCUAUUGGUGUGCCAUUAUUUGCUGAUGAAUGUACUACAAAGCAAACAAGAAUAUCCUAUGCUAGAAUGCUUAUUGAAGUUAAUGUGAAUAAACCUAUACCUCAGCAGAUCACAGUUAUGGAUCCAAAUGGAAGAACCUUCAUGCAGGAAGUUUUGAUGGAGUGGAAGACUCAAUAUUGUGAUAAAUGUCAAAAGAUUGGCCAUCAAUGCCAAUCAGUAACACAGGAGGAGCUGCCAAAGAAGAGAAAGCCUUGGAAAAAAGUAACCCAGACUUGGCAAUAUAAAGGGCCAAUUCAACAACAGGAGAGAAAAGAUGAUCAAAGGGAGUUGCCAGAAGUAGAUGAAACUAACGCACAGAAGGAGAAAAAAGAGAUAGAGAAAGGAGAGGAACAGGAAAUAAAACAAACACUUGAGCUUAAUCUACGGCCUCAUACUGGAACUAUACCAAUUAGAAAUGGAUUUUUUGAGAGUCUAAGGAAUAGCAAACUUGCUUCACUGCCCGUUGAUAGAGGGUUAAUUGAAACAAGAGUUAAAGAGGUUAAUAUCAAAGCUACUUUAAAAGCAAUAGCUCCGGGAUGGAGGAUCAUACAUAAUUAUAAGGAGACUGCAAAUGGUAGAAUUUGGAUAAUAUGGGAUGAAAGUUGGUAUGAUAUCAAGUUAAUAAAUAGCUCAGCUCAAAUGAUUCAUAGUCAUAUAAAUGAAAGGAGCAAAGGAUAUCAAUUUAAUCUCACAGUGGUAUAUGGAUUUAAUACUUUAGAACAGAGAAAAAGCUUAUGGAAUGACUUGAAGAUGUUGGUUCAAAAUGUCUUAGAUCCUUGGCUCAUAGUAGAAGAUUUUAAUGCUAUUUUAUCCCCUAAAAAUAGAUUAGCUGGGGCUCCUGUUACUUUGAAUGAGAUAAGGGAUUUUGAAGAAUGUGUUAAGGACAUGGGCAUCACUGAAGUACAAUGGAAAGGAAAUUAUUAUACAUGGACCAAUAAACAGAUACGUAAUGUCAGAAUUGCUAGUAGAAUUGACAGAGCCUUUGGGAAUGAUACUUGGAUGUAUAAAUGGGGUCAUGCUGCUAUAGAAUAUGGGAAUUCAGGUGUGUUUGAUCAUAGCCCUAUGCAUUUGCUACUUCAUCAAAGUUAUCAUCAGAUCAAAGUGAGUGUUAAGUUCUUUAAUGUUUGGAUUGAACAUGACUCUUUUUUGAAACUGGUGGAUAAAGUCUGGAAGCAGAAGCAUGGAAGUGAAGUAAUGAAGGAGAUAUGGUAUAAGUUAAAGGCUCUCCACCCAGUCCUGAGACAAUUGAAUAGGAGAGAGUUUCAAUAUAUAGGCCAGAAGAUUGAGAAGACAAAAAGUGAGCUUGUAGAACUUCAAGAGCAGCUAUAUAGCCAGGCAAGUGAUGAGCUAGUUACUAAAGAGAAGGAGUUACUAAUAAAGCUGUAG